CCACACAUCACAGGCUAUCGCCCCCACUGUGGGUCUCCACUGGAGCCGUGACUGAGCGAGGGAACAGGACACACUGAGCUGUCAGAGGAGAGAGAGAGAGAAAGGGAGAGGGAGAGGGAGAGAGAGAGAGAGAAAGAGACAGUGAGAGAGAGAGGGAGAGACAGUGAGGGUAAGACAGCGGAGAGAGUGAGGGUGAGAGAGAGAGGCACACAGGCAAAGAGGGAGAGAGAGAGUGUGAGGGGGAGGGAAGGAGAGAGAGGGAGGAAGCCUAAGCAGGUAGUGGGAGAGACAGAGUUGUGAAAGAGAAAGAGAGGGAGUACAUCAGAACAGUGAAAGAGUGCAAGAAUAAAUGUGUGGGGUAAACUGACCAGACAAAGAGAGAAAAAGUGAAAUAGAGAGAGUAGAAGGGAGAAAGACAUAGAGGGAGAAAAAGUCAUAGCACAGAAUCAGCAAGCAGGAAUUUGUCUGAACAGAGAAAGCAAGAGAGUGAGAGUGGGAGAGUAAGAGAAGAAAGAGGGAGAGAGUAAGAGAGAAAGAGGGAGAGUGUAAUAGACAAGAGGGACAGAGAGUAACAGAAAGAGAGUAAGAGAGAAGAGGGAGAGAGCCAGAGAGAAAGUGGGAGCCCAGGAAAUCGCAGGCAGCCGUGCCGCCAGUCAGCCUCUUUACGCAGCUGCAGCUCCAAGCCAAAAAGGAGGAAAAAAAGGAAAAGGAAGCACAAGAGUUCCAGUGUCCCGACUGAAAAGCGUGUCUCCAGGAAGCGGGGUCCUGCUGGGGGGAAGAUGGACUCGGACUCCGGGGAGCUCAGUGAAGGAGAGCUUUCACCAGGCCAGGAGAGCUUCAACUCCAAGAGCCUGGCCUUGCAGCUACAGAAGAAGAUCCUGAGCAAGAUGGCGACCGUGGCGGUGGCCAACCUGCUGACGGACGACACCAGCAGCGAGAUCCUGGACGAGCUGUACAAGACCAGCCGCGAGUACACCAAGAGCAAGAAGGAGGCGCACAAGAUCGUCAAGAACGUCAUCAAGAUCGCGCUCAAGAUAGCCGUCCUCUACCGCAACAACUGCUUCAGCCCCGAGGAGCUGGAGACCGUGGAGCGCUUCCGGAAGAAGAUGAACCAGGCCGCCAUGACGGCAGUCAGCUUCCACGAGGUGGAGUACACCUUCGACCCCAACAUCCUCUCCGAGCUGCUGCUGGAGUGCAGAGACCAGCUGCACGAGCUGGUGGAGGCGCACCUGACCACCCGCUCACACGGUCGCAUUGACCACGUCUUCAACCACUUCGCCAGCGUGGAGUUCCUGGCCAUUCUCUACGGCUCCUCAGAGGAGUACGAACUGAGUCUGCAGAAAAUCUGCAGUGGGAUAAACAAACUGCUGGAUGAGGGCAUACUCUAACCCCCCCCACCCCAAUUCCAUUCGCCCACCCCCCAUGGCCAAGAAAGUCACAUUUCUCGAGCGCAGAUUUUUCCAAAUUUCAGAAAUGUAUUUUUUAAAAAUAUGUAAAAAAUGUAAUCAAUUAUCCCAACCUUCUUUCACAGAUGUAGUUUAAUAUAUGUCUUGCUGAAUAUAUCAUAUGAUUAUAUAUUUUGUAAGAAAAAAAAGUACAAAAUUGCAUGUGUAAGAGGUGGCAAUGAACAUGUUUUUAUUGAAUCAUAAUAUUUCCCCUCAUUGCUGUACAAUUUUUAUAUGCUGUAUUUUCUUAUUUUCAUAUAGUCAGAAUGUUUUUUUUUUUGUUUUUUUUACAGCUGCCAUAACUGCCUGUCCCUGAAUGUUAUUUUGUACACUGUGUGACUUCCUGUCGAUUGCUCUGUGCCAAUCACCAGCUGAUGCACAUUUUACAGAACAUGUGCAUUUGCUAAAUAUGCAUCGACAUUUUCCUGUGAUUUGCAGUGUACAGCGAAUUAUUCUAAAUGUUAGAUUUGGCUGCCCUGAGGUGUGGCAUCAGCCUGGCUGAUUAUGGCUGGAAGGAUUCAGUCACUCCAUUUACCAAUGAGCCGAGUGAAUAUAUGGAACCGUGCAUAAAUCUGAAUUGCCUGUCUUGUACUUUGAGGUUAAUGCCAUAAAAAAGCCACAAGGUAAGGAGCAUCGAUAGGACUCCUCCUUAAAGGACGAUGGUCCAUUCUUCUUAAAGGAUGAUGCUCCAUUCUUACAGGGUCUUAUACAGCUCCAGAUUCUCCCCUCCUACAGGAAGCCAAUGAGUCAGGAGAGAGGAGUGAAGCAGGAAUACCGAAGAACAUUCUGAGUGAUUAACUGUGACUGUUUCAGGAAAUUUGCUCUUUAAUACGUUUCCUUACACACUUGACUGGUAUGUGUUUAAGUUUCCGGAAUUUUAAGAGGAAACAGUGAGCAAUAUAGGAAAGAGGUACUCAGUACCUGGAUAGCAAGAGAUCAAAAAUGUACACCUGCCAGCUUAUAUGCGACCCACAAAAAGGCUAUGUGUGGUGACUGCAUGGCUGAGAUGAGUGAACAUGUGACCCUCUAACAGUAUACUAUUUGUCAUAUGUAAAAUCAAAGAAUAAAAACAAAUCCUCACAUAAUGAAACACGCGCACGCGCACACAAGCAUACCUGCCUAGUUUUCAAAGACAACUGAUUAGUUCAACCAGACAUUUAUUAAAUUGUUCCUGGGGAAUUCAAACAUCGAGCUCCUGCCGUAGCUAAGAUAUCAUGAGCUUUGAAGCUUUAAAACACCCAGGGCGCACAUUAAUCCCUUCUGAUGGGGGAGGCGAGGGGGGGCAUGUGUUGACAUGUGCCAGGACAGCUAGCCCACCCACAGGCACAAAGCAAACACUCAGGGAACAUCGACACCCACAGAGGGGGGCCUUCCUGUCUCCCACCCCCCUCCCGCGCCCCCCCAUACUAGGCACUUUCUGACCCAGUAGCACAUGUAACCAUUAAUAUGUGAAUGGCCAGCUGCUAUCAUCACUGAAAAGGGACCCCAGUGAGGAUUAAGAGAACUUUAUAAAACCUUUCACGUCAAAUGACUGCUGGCACAUUAAUGGCUACUGGCAUUUCUUGCUUCUUACAAGAACAACUGUGCAUUAUGGCUAUAGCUUCUUAGGACAGGUCAGAGUAAUUGUCAUAAUCUCAAAAAAAAUAAAAAUAAUAAUCAGUUCUUCGCAAUACUGUAAAUCACUGCCUAGAGCUCAUGCGCUCAGUACACUGUCACAGACGGCUUCAGCAAAAGCAAGUUUCUUCCCACAAUUCCCUGGCAAGAUGGGCUCCCUACAUAUGUGCAGCAGCAAGACGGCUCUCCGUAAUCCGACACCUUUUGCUUCAAACCGUGGAUAUGGCGGCUAUGUGGCUCAGUAGUUGGCAUGUGUUGGUUUAACUAAACAUACAGAGAAAACAGGGCUUCUGAAAGGUACAUUAUUACAUAUUACUGCAUCUUCACUAAGCCCACAGUAACACAGCUCCCCAGCCUUCACCCUCUACGUUCAGCACAGAACAGGGCCUCAGCCACGUUACGUGCAGCUCACACAUCUGGACACAGCGCUCCGCAUGUCCAGCGCAUCUCCGAAACAAGGCAUGGGACCAGGGGACGCACAGUGAGUCAGCAAAUCUACACUUCAUGAGAAAGGUUUUUUUUAGGAGCCAUUUGCAAAUUCCACUCAAUAUGAUAAAUGAGGACACGGUACAAACAGUACUAACUGUGCAAAAGCAAAAUAGAAAACUGUUGUUGCUGUC